UGCUACUAAGAGAUCAGCCAGGAGGGAGAGAAGUGAAGAGAGACAGGUGGUCCAAUUGCCCAGGAGAAAAGGGGGCACAGCCUCCAUCACGGCAGAAAAGAUUCAGGACAGACAGAGAAGUUAGAGGCUGGGAAGUUGUUCACUCUCAGGUUUGUGAGGAGACAACUAAGCUAAAAAGUUUUCUGUGGAGGUAUAACAUGGCAAUGGAAUAAAAGGAGAGGAAAAGGGUCAUUUUAAUGUUCCAGUCAGAGGUGAGGAUUAGAAAUUUCAGGAGUCAACUCAGAAAGCCUUCAAUGGAGGUGAAGUUUGAAGAAAAAAAUGAGGGCAAUGAGAGCCUUGUAGGAAAUGGUCGGCCCUACCUGAGUCAGAAGCUGGGGAACUGGAAACCAGAGGCAAAUGAGAAAGCCGAGCCUUCUGUAAAGCAGGAGGCAAAUGGGAAGUGUUGUGACAUGCCCAGAAAAAUGCUCAACACCUACAGCUGGCAGGAGAUCCAGAGUCACAAACAGAAGGCAGAUCAGUGGCUGGUAAUCAAUCGCAAGGUCUAUGAUGUCACUGGCUGGGCCAACAGGCAUCCAGGUGGGUCCCGGAUCCUCAACCACUAUGCCGGGGAAGAUGCUACGGAUGUCUUCAGAGCCAUGCACCCGCAGCUUGACGUUGUGCAGUUGUACCUUAAGCCCCUGCUCAUCGGAGAGCUUGCCCCUGGAGAGCCCAGCCAGGAGAGAAACAAAAAUUCCCAGUUGGUGGAAGAUUUCCAAGAAUUGCGGAGGAAAUUAGAGGAUAUGAAUAUGUUCAACGCCAAUCUGGGGUUCUUUUUCCUUCACCUUGCCCAGAUCUUGAUUUUGGAAGCCCUGGCUUGGCUAAUGCUGUGGCAUUUUGGCAAUGGCUGGUGUAUUACAAUAUUCGCUUCCUUUCUUCUCACAAUUUCUCAGGCUCAGAGUGGAUUUUUACAGCAUGAUGCAGGACACCUAUCCAUAUUUAAAAAGUCCAAUUGGAACCGCCUGAUGCACAAAUUUCUGAUAUGUCAUCUCAAGGCCAUGUCGAGAAACUGGUGGAACAGUGGACACUGGCAGCAUCAUGUAAAAACGAACAUCUACCACAAAGACCCAGAUGUUAAUUUACUACCACUAUUUCUGGUUGGAGAUUUGCAACCUGUUGAGUGUGGCAAGAAGAAAAUUAAAUACAUCAAUUAUGAGAAGCAGCACCUGUACUUCUACAUGGUUCUUCCCUUCACCAUGCCUAUAUAUUCCCAGUUCCUAACCGUGCGGCAGAUAUUCCGCCAAAGGUGUUGGGAGGAUGUGGCCUGGAUCAGUACUUUUUACAUCCGCUUUUUCAUCACAUUUGGCCCUUUCUAUGGCAUCUUUGGAACCCUGUGCCUCAUCUAUUUGGUCAAGUCUCUUGAAAGUCCCUGGAUAAUAUAUGUCACCCAGAUGAGCCACCUGUCAAUGCAAAUGAGCAGAGAAGAGAAUCGGGACUGGGUCAGCACUCAGGUCUUGGCAAGCUGUAAUGUGGAACAGUCCUUUUUCAACGACUGGUUCACAGGGCACCUGAACUUCCAAAUCGAGCACCAUCUAUUCCCCACAAUGCCGCGCCAUAAUUAUCACAAGGUGGCACCUCUGGUGAGGUCACUGUGUGCCAAGCAUGGACUGCAAUAUGUGAACAAGCCCUUGUUGAAGGCGUUUGGAGAUAUUGUCAGGGCACUGAAGAAAUCUGGAGCCCUCUGGAAGGAUGCUUACUACAAAACAGGGAAACAUGAUGCAGAAUCUCAGACUUAAUAUGCACGCAAUUGCAUCUCUGAAGGGGGUUGGUGAAUGUGCAAGAGUUCUUUCCUCUUUAACUGUGAGCACCAUUGGCAUACCUGAGUGUGCCAGGAGUGUGAGUUCCAAGAACACAUGGUUACCUCCUUCCCCGAAGAUUUUCUCAGCAAAUAAGAAGCAGAGGAAACACAAAAUGGCUUUGGUCAGGGUGACAAAAGGGAGAUAGGAGGCAAUGUUUUCACUUUUUCAAAAGGAUCUUGAACUUAUUUCUACCAGUAUGCCUUAGUCAGAUUAUGUUGGUCACCCGGCAUGAAUUGAGGGACCAGGCAAAAGCUUUACUGAUGAAGAAGGUAUAGGCCAAAGUGGGCCAGAGCAGAGACCUCUAAUGGGGUACUUUGGAGAACAGUGCAACUGCGUUUAGAAGAGAGUCAUGUAUUCAAGAAGUUCCUACUGAAGCACAAAUUUUUGCUUAUUCCUGUUUCAAAUGUGUCAACUUCAUUUUCAUUCAAAAUUAACUAUAAUUAUCAUUAAAGCCUCUUAAUAUUUCAA